AGGCUCCCUCUCUCUCUCUCUAUAGUCUAUAUAUAUAUUUUGGAAGCAUGCACAUUAAUUAGAUUAAAUAAAAAGUUAGAAUGGCGCGAAUAAUCGAGCAGCCAGAGAAAUGAAAGUGAGGGUGACAGGCGGAGGGGAUGGAUGCUGAGGUAUUGCGAGUAUUAUCAUUUCAUUUCAUCAUGGCACCACCUUCAUCGUUCCUUCCCAACCUCAACUUUCCCUUUCUUGUUUAUCUUUUUUGUAUUUCUGUCUUCUUUUUUUUUUUUUUGGGAUUUUGUCGUAUUUGAUUGUGCUCUCGAUUGAUUAAUCAAUUAUGGAUCAAAUAUUGUUCGUUAAUUUUCUUAUUAAUUUCUGAGCGCAGUGAUCGAUUCUACCUACCUAACUAAGCUUAUCUUUCAUCAUUGAUCAUUGCCCAGAUUGACCCGUCAUCGUAUGAUUACAUUCAUUUAACUUGGAUAAGAGAGGAGUCUGCGGAGAUGGUAAGUAAUUAAUCGGUGGAGGCAGAAGGGGAGGGAGGGGAAACGAAUUGAAUCCGUAGAAAGAUCAGAGAGAGAGAGGAGAACAAAGAUGGGGUUCUGGACAUUGUUGGAGGCAGCAUCCAUCCCAAUAGUGGAGGUGCUCAUAAUCAGUAUGCUGGGAGCUUUCAUGUCUACUUCCUAUUGCAACCUUCUCCCCCCCGAUGCUCGAAAAUAUCUGAACAAGAUUGUGUUCAUGGUGUUCACUCCUUGCCUCAUCUUUGCCAGUUUGGCCAAGACCGUAACUCUUCAAGACAUCAUCUCGUGGUGGUUUAUGCCCGUGAACAUUGGACUAACAUUUUUGUUUGGGGGAAUGCUUGGAUGGGUAGUGGUAAAACUAUUGAAACCUCAGAAGCACCUGGAAGGACUCAUCGUUGCUACUUCUUCAUCUGGAAAUUUGGGGAACCUAAUGUUGAUAGUUAUCCCUGCAAUCUGUCGCGAGAGUGGCAACCCCUUUGGGAGUCCUGAUGUUUGUAGCUCUGUGGGACUCUCCUAUGCAUCCUUCUCUAUGGCCCUUGGCGGAUUCUUCAUCUGGACUUACACUUUCCAGCUGAUAAAAACUUCAGCUUUGAAACACAAGGAGGCAGCACUUCCAGCACCCAAAGUGGUCAUAAAGGCGCCAAACAAGGAUUUAGAUGAUGAUAAUAGGGAAACUCACCUUCUCCUAGAGGGAGAUGGUCAGCACCAAGUUUCUAUAGUCGUGCCCUCGACCAAGUCCAUUGAAGAACACACAGAUUAUUACCAACAUGGGGAAUCUACAACCAGCAGACCAGAGAAAGCUUCAUUCUGGGGUAAACUGAUGGGAGUUUUCCACCAGAUCGUGGAGGAGCUGUUGGCGCCUCCAACACUUGCUGCUUUUGUUGGGCUCAUCUUCGGUGCAACUACAUGGCUUAGGAAACUCAUAAUAGGUGACACUGCUCCUCUGCGGGUGAUUCAAGACUCUGUUAAAUUACUUGGGGAUGGAACAAUUCCUUGUAUCACACUUAUACUAGGAGGCAACCUCACUCAAGGGUUGCGGUCGGCGACGUUAGGACCAGGGGUCAUUAUUGGGGUAAUCUGCGUUCGAUAUGUAAUGCUUCCGUUGAUAGGGAUAGGGGUUGUAAAAGCAAGUGCUCAUCUGGGCUUCCUCUCACCAGACCCUUUGUACCACUUUGUGCUUAUGGUUCAGUUUACCCUACCCCCAGCCAUGAAUAUUGGCACCAUGACUCAACUAUUUGACAUUGGGCAAGAGGAGUGUUCAGUCCUCUACUUGUGGACUUACUUGGCUGCGGCCAUCGCACUCACUGUCUGGUCAACAGUCUACAUGUGGAUUUUGUCCUGAAGAAUCAAUUCACUAACAACCAUGGUGUGUCACCCGUGACCCAAUUCAAAUAUUAAACAUGCAUACAAAGUUUUGUUCGGAUUCUUGAAUGAUUUGAAGUUCCCAAGCCCUAAAAGAAGGCAUUUUAUCAGUGAAGUUUCUUUAUUUUUUAUUUCUAUUUUGAAAUUUUAUUGCUCCUUGUUCUUUUCUGGAUGGGUAUUGAAAAGAUUGUAAUCAAUUGAAAUACGAAUAAUAUGAUAUGAUGCAUGGUAUAUUGGUUA